AUGACCGAACUUAUCAAUAAAAUUAAAAUAAUUCGACAUGGAUAUCCAAAUGCUACACGUAUUUAUCAAUUUCUUCUUGCAUUACCAAUAACUGUUGUGACAAAUGAACGUUGUUUUUCGAAAUUAAAAUUGAUUAAAAACAAGUUACGGUCUACAUUAAUGCCUGACAAAAUGGAAUGGUUGAUAAUUUCUUCAGCAGAAAGAGAUUUAUUAGAAAAUGCUGAUUUAUCAAGUUUUGCUGAAGAAUGGUCCCAUUUAAAGAAUAGAAGAGUGAAACUUGUGUAUAGGCGGCGGAGCCACGAGGCCUGGGUAGGCACGAGCCUACCCUAGAUUGGAGGAGGGUAGGCUUGGGUAGGCUUAGAUAAAGGCUUGGGUAGGCUCGAACCAGUACAGAUAAAGGCUUGACUAGGCUCGAUUUAAUGUAAAAUUUUUCUAAUAUUAGAUAAUUUUCAUGUUCUUCUGUCAGAUGACACGUUAUUACAAGGUCAGUCCACAUCUUAUUAUUAUAAACUCGUGCCCAGUGACAUACUGAUUGGUUUCGUUGACGUCUAUAUUUACGUCGAAUUUUUUAUUUUCAAUAUAAGAUAAUUUAACUUUUGUUCUAAACUUCUAUUCAAAAUAACUUUUGAAUUUUAAGUAAUUAAAGAACAGUACUCUUCCAUAGGCAGUGGAGCCAUUAGGCCUGGGUAGGCUCAAGUUCACCCUAGAUUGGCUGAGGGUAAGCUUCAGUAGGCUCAAACUUGGACAGAGCAAGGCUUUUGUAGGAUCUAUUAAAUGUGAAGGUUUUCUAUUAUUUCUAGUUUUCCAGUUUUUCUGGCAGAUGAUACAUCGUUAUAGAGUCAGUGUCAGUCAUAGGCGGCGGAGCCAUUAGGUCUGGGUAGACUUAGCUCUCUCUAGACUGAAUAUCUAAAAAGACGUUCAUACACUCCAUUCUACAUAAAAAUGUUAUAUUAUUGCUAAAUUUUCGUUUGCUUAUAACGCAUGAUGUAUUAUUACAAGAUCAGUUUAUUCUGUAUCUGCUACCAACCAUAGGC